AUGGUGUGGUUUGGAUCUCCUCUAGGCAUAAGAAUUGAUAAACAAAAAAUUUCAAAAUUUGAUAAAUGGUUACAAGAAAUUCACAGUUCGAGUUCUACAGCUGCUGAUAGAAAGUGGUUGCUUACCUUGAUUAGCUUUUUCUGCUGGAAGAUCUGGACUGCUAGAUGUGAGUUCAUUUAUCAAAUGAAGCCGAUACUUCCUCAGUCGAUUAUCUUGAGUGGGAGUAAUCUGGCUUCUGAGUUUGGGGAAGCAAAGAGAUGGAUUGCUUCACGCCUCCCUCUUCCAAAUCACUCUCACUCCUCCAAAUGGAUCCCACCCCCUCCUGGUAUUGUAAAAAUCAAUGUUGAUGCAGCUUGGUCCGAUGCCUCAAAAGCCUGUGGUUUAGGUGUUGUGCUUAGGGAUCACCCGGGAGCUGUAGUAGGUGGUUCUAUCAGAUCAGAUAUGUGUGGCUCUGCAUUGGUUGCAGAAGCGAAAGCAAUUUUAGAUGGAGUUAAUUAUGCUUUGCAGCACGACAUUACUAAGGUGAUUGUGGAAUCUGAUGCCUUAGAGGUGGUUUCAGAGAUUCAAUCAAAAAGGAAGAACAAAAAUUGGAUGACUUACCCUCUGAUUGAAGAAAUUAGAAGAAAGAGUCUCCGAUUUAGUGAGAUCAGCUAG